UUGAAUUUUAAAAGCCUAGCAUCUCCACAAUAAACCCUAAUCCUCUUCUUUAGUUCUUUACUCUUCUGGUAAAAGAUCUCUAUCCUAACCCUCCAAUGGAUCGCAAAGUCCCUCCUCCACCACAACAUCAAGUUUUCAUCAAUUUCCGUGGGGAUGAGCUGCGAAAAAACUUCAUCAGCCAUCUCGUGGAGGCCCUUCAAAGAAAGGAGAUCAACUUCUUCACAGACAAGCAGGAGAAAAAGGGUGCAGAUCUAAGCAAUCUUUUCAAUAGGAUCGAGGAGUCAAAGAUAGCACUAGCCGUUUUUUCAAAAAGAUACACGGAAUCAGGAUGGUGCUUGGAUGAGCUUGUGAAGAUAAAAGAACGUGCAGAUCUAGGCAAGCUCAAGGUGGUUCCCAUCUUCUACAAUGUGACUACAGACAAUGUGAAAUAUCUUACUGGCGAAUUUGGUUCCAAUCUUGAGCGUCAUCGAUCUACGCACGAGCAAAACAAGAUCGGUAAAUGGAAAGAGGCGUUAGCAUGUAUCUCUUGUAAGCUUGGAUGUCCGUUCAUAGAUAAUAACGGUUUUAGCAGCAGCACAGAGAGAGAGUUCAUCGACAGUAUCGUCAAGAACGUAUUGGAAAUGCUACAAGACAUUCCCUCGGCGCAAACCCAAAAUUCUUCUACAAACAAGCCUGUCGAAAGAGGAGAAGUUUCUUCAAAGACAACAAAGAGUUCUAAGAAAGCCUUGAAUGUUACAAAGGGAAACCCAGUGAGUCCACCUAAUGCGUUCGUAGGCUAUGACGGUUUUCCAGUUAGAUAUGGCGACCACGAAUCUGCUAAAAGGGAAGAUUCUUCAUCCAUGACUAAAAACUCUAAACCCCUCAAGCCUUCUACGAAAGACCUCUCUGCCUCGGAACUUCGACUUCAUCAUAUCUCAGAUUCUACCGAGACGAGACCUACAUAUAACGGCUAUCCAAUUAGAUAUGGCAACAAUGAAUCUGUGGGAAGGGGAGAUUCUUCGUCUAUGACUAAAAAUUCUAAGAAACCUUAAAAGAAAGACCUGGAGUUUAUACACGGGUGGAUAUCUUAAGGUGAGGACAAAGAAUCCGAUUUUCAGCCGUAAAAGUUAUCUCAGGAUCUCUUCAAAAUUUACGGUUUAAUUUGCUUCAAGUUUAAGACUUCCACUUAUUAAUAAUCAACGUUGGACUGAUAUUACUCCGACCAUAUAAUAUUUAUAUUCAGCUAAAUUAUUUGAGUUGCUAUAAGAUAAAAUGAAAAAAUGUUGAUCAAAUGUGACUUAAAACUUGGAAUGUAGUAUGAGAGUGUUUUGGAGAUUAUAGAAAGGGGUGUUUACGAUUAUUAAAAAUUCAUAUACGCAGUUUACGAAACAGAAACUCUAGCAGA